AUGGUGCAGCAGGCGAACGUUGUCGAGCUUCGGGUGCUCCUUGCGAAUCUUGUCGGCCAGUCUCUGCAGUUCAGCACAGUAGAUCUCGGCAGUAACUGUCGUGUUGUCCGGCAGCAGUUCGAAGCAGUAUAUUCCAUUAAGUCCCCACCAAGCGCUCAGCAUGACCUUCUUUUCAUGGAUUUCACCUUUCACGAAAGGACCCGGCAUUUCAUUGCCAGCGUACCACGCACGUUUGUGGGUGUGGUUGACGUAGAGGACCCAUUUUUCAUCUCCAGUGACAAUGGUGUCCAGCCAGUCGAAUCUGCGGCUUCUGGAGAGCAGCUGAGUGCAGACGUCCAGCCGUCUACGGCGGCUGCCGUCGUUCAAUGCAUGUGGGAGCCACUGAACGAGCUUUUUCACCGUUCCGAGAGAUCGCAGUCCAUUGCUCAGGAUGGACAAGGAACAGCCAAGACUGGCAGACAAUAUCACACACCUUCAUAUGGAUGCUGCUCCGCCAGAUUCUUCAGUUCGUCGAACGACAUUGCAGUCGGUCGACCAGGGCGAGGCUCAUCUUCAAGUUUCUUGUUUCUGGCUUUGAAGUGCUGGAACCAGGCGCGCACAGACCGCUCAGAAGGGGCUUCAGUGCCGAAUACUUGA